AUGGGUAGCUGUAGCGAUCUCUGGUACGUGACUGCGGGAAAAUAUUUUCAUUCUUCGUUACAAUUAUGCCGAUUUGGAACUAAUGAUUUCACAUUACGAACACAUAACUGCGGAGAAUUACGUCUUACAAAUGAAGGUCAGUCAGUGACAUUGUAUGGAUGGCUACAGUAUAAACGUGGCAGUAUGUUUUUUGUUCUAAGAGAUGCAUACGGUAGUACACAAAUACGAAUACCGGAAGAAAGACAAGAUUUGUCAAAAUUUUUAAAAGACCUCUAUCUAGAAAGCAUCAUUAAAGUUAAUGGAGAUGUCGUUGAUCGAGGCGAUCAACGAAAUAUGAAUAUGCCAACUGGCAAUAUUGAGGUUGUCGCACGAAAUAUAGAAUUGGUAAAUGAAUUUUUAAACCCAGAAAAAACACCAUAUUCCCUUAGAUUUGAGCAGUCUGAUGCGUUGCGAUUAAAAUAUCGUUAUAUGGACUUGAGAUCAGAGAAGAUGCAGCGAAAUUUAAGAUUGCGGGCCAAGGUUGUUCAAAAUAUGCGAAAUUAUUUGGAUAAUGAAGUCAAUUUUGUUGAGGUAGAAACACCUACUCUGGUACGUCGAACUCCUGGUGGUGCGAGAGAAUUCAUUGUCCCAUCUCCAUUUCCAAAUCUUGGAAAAUUUUAUUCUCUUCCUCAAAGUCCACAGCAAUUCAAGCAGCUCUUAAUGUGUGGCGGAUUCGAUAGAUAUUAUCAAUUUGCACGAUGUUAUCGCGAUGAAAAGUCGAAAUCUGAUCGGCAACCAGAAUUCACACAAGUUGAUUUGGAAUUAUCUUUUACUAAUCAAGAUGGUGUUAUAAGUCUUGUCGAAAAUUUGAUAAAAAGGUCUUGGCCACUGGAUGGAUUUUGUCCUUUUAUUCCAUUUCAAAGAAUUUCUUUCGAUGAAGCGUAUAGAUUAUAUGGCACUGAUAAACCCGAUCUGCGCAUACCGUGGACCAUAGAGGAUUGUACUGACUAUUUCUUUUUUUUAAAUUCUCAAAAUAUGGAGGAGUUUUGCGUUAGAUUUAUUGUGGCAAAGGGUGCAGCAAAGUAUUUAGCGGAUGCAGAAUUGAAGUCCUGGCAUCAGACGAAAAUGGACAAAAAAUGUCAAACUAAUUAUUUUAUUUCUGGACAUAAAAUAUUUGGUAACGAUAUGUUUAUUUGUUCUAGUUGGGGUACUCCGAAGGGCGUACAAUGGACGCUUGGUGAGUUGCGUAAUAUUGUUGGAGAAGCAGCACAUUUACGAAGCCAGCAACGAUUUGAAUUCGUUUGGAUCACUGAUUUUCCAUUAUUCUUCCAACGAAGUGAUGGCAGCUUUAAAAGCGUGCAUCACCCAUUCACAGCGCCUGUUUCUAAUCAUGAGGAGCUCAUGUAUGAUCCAAGUAGAAUUAAUGAAGUUAAAGGUCAGCAUUAUGAUUUGGUGUUGAAUGGUGUCGAAUUGGGUGGUGGUUCAAUCCGUAUCCACAAUCCAAAAUUGCAGCGUUAUGUGAUCGAAAAUAUUCUCAAAGAACCAGUCGACGAAUUGAAACACCUUAUCGAUGCUUUGGCAUGUGGAGCACCACCUCACGGUGGCUUUGCUUUAGGCUUUGAUCGAUACAUAGCACUGUUAGCGGGAACAGGAAAUAUAAAUGUUCCAAUUCGAGAUGUGAUCGCAUUCCCUAAAAACACUGAAAAGCGUGAUAUUAUGAUGAGAAGUCCGUCUGCAUUGUCCUCCGAUGCGUUUGAAAGAAAAGCUGCGAAAUUACGAUACGCAAUCAAACUGGAUGCGUCGCUGAUUUCUCCGGAACCACUUGAAUAUAUUGAGGAUGAACUGAGAUCGAAAUCUACAUGGGGUGAAACUGACAAAAAUUGA